AUGAGAGCCGCGCAGGCACCUGCAUGGGACUGUAGGAACGACACCGUUUGGGAGGAGUACGUUGACAUCACCUUUGUGUUGGCAAACAGCUUGAUUCUACUGGUAACUUCUGCUGUGGGAAUUUGUGCAAAUAUUUUUGUGAUCAUUGCAGUUUAUCACCAAAAAUCACUGCAAACUUCGAUCAAUGCACUGGUGGUGAACCUGGCAAUCAUAGACAUUCUGCGGUGUGUGGUUGACUGCCCCAUUCUCUUAACCAUCGUCUUGGCCGUGCAUCAGAACGGACAUGUGGACGAGAUGAUCUGUGAGGCACAAGUGGCCUCUUUCUGCUUCAGCUGCUGUGUCCAACUGUUAACGCUGGCAUGCAUCAGUGCAGAGAGACACCAAGCCAUUGCACAACCCUUCAAAACUAGUCAACGGAGAAAACGGAUUACAGUGCUGAUUCCUCUCACAUGGACCGUGGCUAUUGCGGUGGCUGUUUCUUGUCUUUUAUUCGUGAAGGACUCACCAGUGUUCAUCAGAUGCAAAGGAUUGCAGGGGGAUGUGUCCACCUCGUAUGACACCUUCGGACUUUACAUGCUGUUCCCGCUGUGGGCAGCCUGCUUUGGUGUUAUCAUUGGCUUCUACGCUCGCAUAUUUGCCAUUGUGAGAUCACACAAUCGCAAAAUAUUUGACAAAGGCACUGUUCUACCUCCCAAAACACACAAAGCGGAAGAUAAACAAAAGAUCGAAGAAACCACAGUUGCGGAAAAUGGAAAGUCUGAGCAAAACCAGACUCAGGUGGCGCUGGUGACACAAGCUGCAUCGAGUGCAUCGAAGAACGAUUCCUCGACCGUUCUGCUGACCUCAACGAAAGCUGCACAAUGUGCGUCCAGUUCAGAGAAUGCGACGGAAUUGAAAAACACAGUGGGAAUAACCGACUUGGAAACAGAACAGCCGUGCCCUCCUGCAACGCAGGCGGCAGUGCAGACUGACGAGGACCUGUUUAAAACAGAACGGUCCAACCCCUGCACCGCAAGAGCUGAAGCAGAACCGUGUAAUGGAGGUGCUGUCGGCCGUGUUCAGAGCUCAACCGCAGAGCCACCGGAGGUGUCCAGAAGUUCUAACACACAAAACCAAAGCAAAGAGAAAGUGACAAUUGUCAGAGCAGCCUCUGAAACGACCGAAACCAGCCCCCAUGUUCCCUCCGAAAAUCCUGAAUCCGCUUCUGCUUUAGUGAUCGAGCCGAAACAAGCAGAGAGGAGCAAUGGUGGAGAAACCCCGGCCGCUACCGCAGAUCACGUGUCCUCGUUCCCCGCAGUGUCCGGCAACGCGACAGAAACAGGAGCCCCCAAGCAAGACGUGGAGGUGGAAGGCGCCGUUUGCAUGAUGCCUUCAAAGGCAAGCAAAGAGAGAGCGAACAAAAAGAAGGAAAGUAAAAUGGCCAAGCGUGCCGGCUACAUAAUUGUCACCUUCCUCUUAUUCUGGUUACCGUUGAUCACAACGGUCCUGGUGAAUUUUGUCGCUCACAAAAACAAGAACACACAGAUAAAGAUCAUUCAGGAUGUGGAGAUCCUGUCAGUGUCCGUUUCCUGUAUCACAUCUCUGAGUGACCCGAUAAUAUAUGCCGCAGUGAACCCUCAGUUCCGCACAGAGUUUCACAGGCUAAAGAAUAAGGUUGAAUCCGCAUUCAGUAAGAAGUGACAAUAUUUCCACUUCUGUCUACCUUUGAGAGACCAAAUUCAAUAUUCACAACAUAACCGAUUAUUAAAUUGGCUAACAUUUGUCAUAUUCUUUGUUCAAAUAUUAGCUAACUUAAACCCAAAGUGUUUUUUCCUUGGGUAUAGGAGGUCUUUGAUUUUACACAUCCUCUUAGAUUUUACGCAGGCUGACUCCUCAGCAAUUACUGAACGCUGCAGAGAAGAGGCGCCGCAUGCUGUGAGAAGCAACCUGGGCCGACACAAUCAGCUCAGCAGGGGGAUGCUGCUGAGCUGUGUGUCAAACAACCAGUGAGGCCUGCCGGUCGGUCUCCGGGGCCCCUGCAGCCAGGACCCACCACUGGGCCAGUCAGGUCCUCACAUGUCCUCCAGCAGCACCUCAUUAUUAUCCCUUCUCUGCUAUAAGUGAUCCUCUUUGAGCCAUCAGGGGGGAACUUUAUGGAAUCCAUCCU